UGCAGGUAAGGUGCUGCCGCGGUGCCGCGAACCCUUGAACCUCCCAUCGCGAGGGUGCAGCAUUUUGGGUGCAGCCACACAACCUGCUCCCCGCGCAUGCUUGGCAGACAGCAGACGACAACGCGACCAGCAGACGACAAAUAUGCUGGUAGUCGCGGACAUCGACGGUGUCCAGACCGAAAUUUUUCCCAUCGUGGACGAGUUUGGAGUUAUCGUCUUUGACGGCGACGCCGAACUCUACACUACCACAGAUGGGAGACAAGUGCGGGUAGUUUGUGCGUCGGGUCGUCUUGCCAAUGCUGACCCGACAAACGAGCAUGCCAUGCCGGCUAUGCCUACAACGCAGCCAACACCGCCAAACAAUGCUGAGCCGACGACGCAGGCGUCCGCUGCUGCAGCUGCUGCGCUUUCUCCGGGUCGUGCGCGUCGCGACGACUCGGAAGAAGCUCUAUGGAGCGGUCGGAAGACCAGAUUUUUGAUUGAAAAAUAUAAGGAGAAUUUCAGAAACAUCGGCAAGAAGGGAGGACUGAGGUGAGGCAGUGAUGAGCACGUUGGCGAUAAGCACGUGUGCAUUACUUUGUUAACUUUUUUUUUUUGCUCACAGGAACAAAAAGCCGUUGUUCCUAUACAUGACUGAUGCCCUGAAUGAGGAAUUCGAGUGCUCCCUGAGUGUGCUCCAAGUGACGAAUAAGUGGAAAUCACUUGAAAGAGCCUACAAAAGAGCCCGAAAAAACAAUCGGAAGUCCGGCAGCGGAACUGUGGAGUGUAGGUUUGAAGAGUAAGUUUUCAGUGCUUAUUAUAUCUUCCUUCUGAGUGCGUAAUUCUGUCCAUAACCAACUUCUAUUUCAUGCGUAGAAAAAGAAAACAAAAAAACUUGCGCAGUGGCACGCAAUUAAGUGGUUUUUCUUUUCACUCGAACCAGCUCAUUGAAGCA